CUUGUUGUGGCUACUAUCGUAGCAGUGGCGUGUUGGUCGGCACAUCAAGGGCCUCCUCGUCCACCUCGUUUUCUUCUAGAAGGAAUGAUGAGAGGCACAGCUUGUUUGCGUAUUUUGCCAGGAAUGAGCCGCAUCUUCAAAAUGCAGCUAUCACAAGAGCAACACGGAGGAACUUUG